AUGGAUCAAGAUUUUGAAAGCCCUAUUGUUGAACAAGAAGUUUUCCCUUCAGAAAGGGAUCAAACCUUUGGAAGUUCUUUUGAGGCCCCUGAAUUGGAUAUUUCAAAGAGCUCAGCUGAAAAGGAUUGGAUUAUUGGAAGGCAGGACAUUAGAAUCAGUGAUCUUGAAAAAGAGAACUCAAUUAAAGAUGCAAAUAUUUCAGAUCUUCAAGAAAAUCUUGGGGGUCUAACUACCUUGUUCUUUGACUUAAAAUAG